AUGUUCGGCUGGGCCGUCUUAGUAGUUUCAUUUGUAGCUGUCUUAGCUGCUGUGGAUGUGGAAGACAGAGCAAAAUGUCGCGAUAUAGCGGAGGCACGCCUCGGAAAACGCAUGGACAACUACUUCUUUACAUAUUUCAAUGCCAAAGAUGACAAUGGAUUCUACGAUAACGAAGAGUUCCAGAUUUUAGAAUAUGAUUUUGAUGACCCUACUGGUCAUAUGAAAGUUCUACUGGCUAGAGAUGCAGCAGGUAUGGGUGCGCUGAUCAUGGAGUAUCCUAACACCAAUUUUAUCGUGAUGAGAACAGCCCAGGAGAUCAAUCGCGGAGAAUGUUUCUACGCUAACGACAUAACUGUAUGGGUUAAGAAAGACAGCCCAGUAAAGAAUAGAGCUGAAGUGGAGCGGAGCCUCAGGAAAAUUUUAGUCCCAGUAGAAUCGAGGUUCCAACACUUCCACCUGAUUUUCGCAGGAGCUGGGUUCCUCGUGGGAGAGAUCAUCUUUGUCAUUGCUAUAACUUUACUGGUUCGGGAAGCCAAAAACAACCUCAGAUCUUCUUCUUCCGGAACAACAUAG